GAUGCUGCUCACUCUCAUCCUUUCACUCAGUGCUCUCUACGAAGGAUCGCAGCAAUUAAGGCGAAGAAGCCAUGGCGGCAGCUCGAAGGAUCGCCUCCUCUCUCCUCGCCUGCUCUUCUUCUUACUCUUCACCGGCCCUCGUCUUAUCUCUGCUUCGCCAAGGAUCAGCAUCAAGAGUUCUUCGAGGGGUUAGCACUGCUUCUUUGAUUGAGGAACCAAUUCACCCUCCAGUUCAAGUAAACUACACACAACUUUUAAUAAAUGGAGAUUUCGUGGACUCAGCUUCAGGAAAGACUUUCCCAACCUUAGAUCCUAGAACUGGGGAAGUGAUUGCACAUGUUGCUGAAGGAGAUGCAGAAGAUAUCAACAGAGCUGUCAUUGCUGCUCGCAAGGCAUUUGAUGAAGGGCCAUGGCCCAAGAUGACUGGUUAUGAAAGGUCAUGCAUUCUUAAUCGGUUUGCUGAUCUUAUUGAGAAGCACAAUGAUGAGAUUGCUGCACUAGAAAGUUGGGACAGUGGGAAACCUUAUCAACAGUCUUAUCGGAGUGAAAUUCCAACAGUGGCACGGUUGAUGAGAUACUAUGCAGGAUGGGCAGACAAGAUUCAUGGACUCAUAGUGCCAGCUGAUAGUCAACAUCAUGUGCAGGUUUUGCACGAGCCAAUUGGUGUUGCAGGCCAAAUUAUCCCAUGGAAUUUUCCACUUCUUAUGUAUGCUUGGAAGAUAGGACCUGCACUAGCUUGUGGGAACACAAUUGUGUUGAAGACCGCAGAGCAAACUCCUCUAUCAGCACUUUAUGUAUCGAAGCUACUUCUUGAGGCCGGUCUCCCUGCUGGUGUCUUGAACGUGAUAUCCGGAUUUGGCCCAACUGCUGGGGCAGCCAUUGCUAGUCACAUGGAUGUUGAUAAGCUUGCUUUCACUGGAUCUACUGAUACCGGAAAGAUUGUCCUCGAAUUGUCUGCAAAGAGCAAUCUAAAGCCAGUGACACUAGAGCUUGGAGGAAAAUCUCCUAUGAUCAUAAUGGACGAUGCUGAUAUCGAUAGGGCUGUCGCACUUGCACAUGUUGCUUUAUUCUUUAAUCAGGGGCAGUGCUGUUCUGCUGGGUCUCGCACUUUCGUUCAUGAGCGUAUAUACGAUGAGUUUGUAGAGAAAGCAAAAGCCCGUGCCUUAAAACGCAUUGUUGGAGACCCCUUUAAAAAGGGUGUUGAACAAGGUCCUCAGAUUGAUGAGGAGCAGUUUAGCAAGAUCUUGCGAUACAUCAAAUCGGGAAUCGACAGUGGUGCUACGCUAGUAACAGGUGGAGAUCGAAUUGGAAACAAAGGUUAUUACAUUCAGCCGACCAUCUUCUCUGAUGUACAAGAUGAAAUGAAAAUAGCACAAGAUGAGAUCUUCGGUCCUGUUCAAUCGAUCCUUAAGUUCAGGGAUCUGAAUGAGGUCAUACGAAGAGCAAACGCGAGUCGAUAUGGGUUAGCUGCUGGAGUGGUCACCAAAAAUAUCGACACUGCGAACACCUUGAUGCGUGCUUUGCGUGCCGGAAGCGUAUGGAUCAACUGCUUCGAUGUUGCCGGUGCUGCAAUUCCUUUCGGAGGAUACAAAAUGAGUGGGCACGGAAGGGAGAGGGGAAUCGAUAGUCUGAUGAACUACUUGCAGGAAUGGAGCAUCGGAAAAGGAGGGAAAUGCGAAAAGGAGAUUGCUCAAUGGUUUUCAACCUUGGUGAUGGAAAAGGCAGUGCAAUAUAUUAGAAGAAACAGUAAAAUCCUUCAAUGUCAUUCAAGAUAGAAGAUCUUAGCGCAAGCUCUUUUGGUGUGCAAGGAAAAAGAUUGAUACAAGAUGAGUGAUAGAGGGGAGAAGAGUGAUGGACGUGUGGCUUUAGAUACAACUAUAGAGAGAAAGGAUGGGAGAGUUAAGAUAUAAAUAUAAUAUGCAAAAUACUAGAUACUUUCUGAAAUGGAUAGGAAUGCCAUGGGCCUUCUGAAUACAAUGAACAAUCAAUUUGAGUAGCAGCAAUAAAGGGAAAAUAUGGAAAUGCUCUUGAUUGCCAAA